AUGAUGAACGACCGCCCUCCUCCGCCGGACGAACCGGACCCGAUCGUCCCCCGCGACUUGAAAGCAAAACGUACCGUGCCGUCACCCCGUAAAGCGGCCACCAUCCGGAGCGCAAAGGGAUCCAUCUUUGGCAAAGCAUCCAUACCCAGUGUCUACUGGGCGGGCGACGACCCGACGCCCAUGAACAAUGAAGAGUUCACGUUCUACCGCGAAGACACGCCGCCGCUGCCGGAGGGUGCCGGGGGCGACAAGGCUGCUCGAUCGCGGGGGUAUCGGCAGAGCGUGUUCGAUCACGACGAGGAGGAUAGUGACCGCAAGAGGAAGCGCAAGUGCUGCGGUAUGACGAUGUGGGUGUUUUGGUUGCUCGUUGCCCUGAUUAUUGCGGUUGUUCUCGGAGUUGGUAUUGGUGUUGGUGUCGGCAUUGGCGCGAAUCAGAAGUCGGACCAGAGCGCCGCGACGACGAGGUAUGUGCUUCUUCCUCUCUUGAACUUUGAUAUGCGCGUGGAUCUGUCGAUUAACAAAGCUCUCCUCAGUAGCUCAACUUCAAUGCCCACGCCAACUACCGGCGCAAGCUCGGCAUCAACAACAAUGAUCGUGCCCACAAUGUCCAGCUCUUCUGCUAUGCCACGGAGCAGCAGCGACGCAACCGCAACCGAGACAUCAUCAACAACGAUACCGACCUCGGUGACAAGCACCUCCACGUCUGCCCCGUCGCCGACAGCAACCUCGAGCGGCAACGCAAUCUGCCCAGACGCAGACAACACCGUCUACAACGUCAUCGGCUCCGACAAGCGCUUCCUCCGGGUCUGCGGGGUCGACUACAGCGGCGACGACGGCGCCAUCGACAUGUCCAACACGCAGGCGAGCACCAUGGGCGACUGCAUGGAGAUUUGCGCAAAGUCAGCCCAGUGCACCGGCGUAUCGUGGGGCAACGUUAUGAUCAAUGGCGCCGCGGAGCUGCGGUGCUGGCUGAAGCGGGACUUGAAAAAGUCGCAUGCGGCGGUAGAGAAUUGGAACUUUGCCGUCUUGUUAUGA